UAUCCAAAAAUUUUCAAAUUGAUGUUAAUCUUCUGCUGAUUGCAUUCGAAAAUAUCGCCUGAACUACUGGGGCAAGUAAACGGCAGAAAUUGACCUUGGUAGAGUCCAAAAAAGGAGCUAUCUCUCUCUAGUUUUCUAUGCAAUCUACAUUCUUAUCGAUCAAAAUCCGGACGUGGGCAGCCGUCACCUUCCCUUCCAAAUAAAACUCACUCAUCAGACGAACAUAGCCAAUUCAAACCCAAUCCGCGAAAGUCCGACGAUGAGAAUUGAAGAGAGCGAAAGAGUAUCAGCUUCCAGGAAUCACCUGGUUUUCGCUUAUUAUGUCACUGGCCAUGGUUUUGGCCAUGCCACUCGGGUUGUCGAGGUCGUCAGGAACUUAAUUCUUGCUGGGCAUGAUGUGCACGUGGUCACUGGUGCACCUGACUUUGUGUUCACUUCUGAGAUACAGUCCCCUCGGCUAUUCAUCCGCAAGGUGCUAUUGGACUGCGGAGCAGUUCAGGCAGAUGCAUUGACAGUGGAUCGUCUUGCUUCAUUAGAGAAGUAUUCAGAGACUGCUGUAAAACCUCGGGACUCUAUUUUAGCAACAGAAACACAGUGGCUUCACUCUAUCAAAGCUGACCUAGUGGUGUCAGAUGUUGUUCCAGUUGCAUGCCGUGCAGCAGCUGAUGCUGGAAUUAGAUCUGUUUGUGUCACCAACUUCAGUUGGGACUUCAUCUAUGCAGAGUAUGUGAUGGCCGCUGGAUACCAUCAUCGUUCAAUAGUGUGGCAGAUUGCUGAGGAUUAUUCUCAUUGUGAGUUCUUAAUCCGCCUCCCAGGAUAUUGCCCAAUGCCUGCUUUCCGUGAUGUUAUUGAUGUACCUCUUGUUGUGAGGAGGUUGCACAAAUCCCGCAAGGAGGUGAGAAAGGAACUUGGCAUCAGUAAUCAUGUGAAGCUAGUUAUCCUUAAUUUUGGUGGACAGCCAUCUGGCUGGAAGUUGAAGGAGGAGUACUUGCCUUCUGGUUGGCUAUGCUUGGUUUGUGGUGCUUCUGAUAGCCAGGAGCUUCCGCCGAAUUUCAUAAAGCUUGCAAAAGAUGCGUAUACACCUGAUCUGAUUGCAGCAUCUGACUGCAUGCUGGGAAAAAUUGGAUAUGGUACUUGCAGUGAAGCCCUUGCAUACAAGUUACCAUUUGUCUUUGUACGAAGAGAUUAUUUCAAUGAAGAACCCUUUUUGAGAAAUAUGCUUGAGUAUUAUCAGAGUGGCGUUGAGAUGAUUAGGAGAGAUUUACUUACUGGUCAUUGGAAACCUUACCUUGAACGUGCAGUUAGUUUGAAACCAUGUUACGAGGGUGGCGUAAAUGGUGGCGAGGUGGCAGCUCAUAUAUUACAGGAGACUGCUAUUGGGAAAAACUAUACUUCCGAUAAGUUAAGUGGGUCAAGGAGAUUGCGGGAUGCCAUAGUUCUUGGGUAUCAAUUACAGAGGGUGGCUGGACGAGAUAUCAGCAUUCCAGAAUGGUAUGCAAAUGCUGAAAAUGAACUUAGCAAGUCUACUGGGUCACCAGUUGCACAUACAAAUGAGGAUGGACUACCAACAAGCGCUUGGACUGGAGAUUUUGAGAUUCUUCAUGGAGAUCUUCAAGGUCUUUCAGAUACCACGAGUUUCUUAAAGAGUUUAUUAGAGCUAGAUUCUGUAUAUGACUCUGAAAAGAAUACUGAGAAGCUCCAGAUGCGGGAGCAUAAGGCUGCUGCAGGACUCUUUAAUUGGGAGGAAGAUAUUUUUGUGACAAGAGCACCUGGCAGGCUGGAUGUAAUGGGAGGGAUUGCUGAUUAUUCAGGAAGUCUCGUCUUGCAGAUGCCCAUAAGAGAAGCUUGCCAUGUUGCUGUUCAAAGGAAUCAUCCAAGCAAACACAGGCUUUGGAAACAUGCUGAGGCUCGGCAAAAUGCAAAAGGACAAGGACCCACUCCUGUUCUGCAAAUUGUAUCUUAUGGUUCAGAGUUAAGCAAUCGUGGCCCAACUUUUGACAUGGAUUUAUCUGAUUUUAUGGAGGGCAACCAGCCAAUUUCAUAUGAGAAGGCAAGGAAAUAUUUUGCCCAAGACCCAUCACAAAAGUGGGCGGCUUAUGUUGCAGGGUCAAUUCUUGUUUUGAUGAGAGAACUAGGUGUACGCUUUGAGGACAGUAUUAGCAUGCUGGUUUCUUCUGCAGUUCCAGAAGGCAAAGGUGUAUCUUCUUCUGCCUCUGUGGAGGUUGCUAGCAUGUCUGCUGUGGCUGCUGCUCAUGGAUUAAACAUAAGCCCAAGGGAUAUGGCAUUGCUUUGCCAGAAGGUGGAGAAUCACAUUGUUGGAGCUCCAUGUGGUGUAAUGGAUCAGAUGACUUCAGUAUGUGGUGAAGCCAACAAACUUCUUGCAAUGGUGUGCCAGCCCGCUGAAGUAAUUGGUCUUGUGGAAAUUCCUAGCCAUAUUCGAUUCUGGGGGAUUGAUUCAGGGAUACGACACAGCGUUGGCGGUGCAGACUAUGGAUCUGUAAGAAUUGGUGCCUUCAUGGGUCGAAAGAUGAUAAAGUCAAUGGCAUCUGCUAUUUUGUCUAGGUCAUUGCCCAGCAUUAAUGGAUCAAUCCUUGAUGAAUUGGAGGACUAUGGUUCUGAACUACUGAAAAAUGAAUCUUCCUUAGAUUACUUAUGCAACUUGUCACCACACAGAUAUGAAGCUCUUUACCAUAAAAUGCUUCCUGAAUCCAUUCUUGGUGAGGCAUUUUUGGAGAAGUAUGUUGAUCACAAUGAUGCUGUAACAGUAAUUGAUCAGAAGCGCACUUACAUGGUGAGAGCACCUGCUAAACAUCCUAUCUAUGAAAACUUCCGGGUCAAGGCUUUCAAAGCAUUGCUAUCAUCUGCAACUUCAGAUGAGCAACUUACUGCUCUUGGUGAAUUGCUGUAUCAGUGUCACUACAGCUAUAGUGCGUGUGGACUUGGCACUGAUGGGACGGAUAGGCUUGUGCACUUGGUACAAGAAAAGCAACAUAGUAAAUCCUCUAAAUCUCAUGAUGGGACACUCUAUGGAGCAAAAAUAACUGGUGGGGGAUCAGGCGGAACAGUUUGUGUGAUUGGUAGGAACUGUCUAAGGAGCAGCCAACAAAUUAUUGAGAUUCAGCAGAAGUACAAAGGCGCAACGGGCUAUUUGCCAUUUAUUUUUGAGGGCUCAUCGCCAGGGGCAUCAAAGUUUGGAUAUCUGAGAAUUCGCCGGCGCCUCUCAUUUUGUUAAAUUAGAAUUUGUGGUUUCCCAACUUAGGUAUUUCUCCGGUUACUUUGAACGGACUUGAAUAAUAAUUGUGUCUUGAAAUGUGAUGAUUUUUGCCAAUAGCUUGACAAUUUCUAGACCUAAAACGUAGGAAAAGUAGAUUGUUAUUUAGCCACAAUAAUUGAAUUCACCUUAUUUAUAGCAUCUAAUGUCUAUUUAACGAUUUGCAUACA